AUGUUAAACCAAGCAUACCACGAACUUGUCUCCCAGCUGCUCGCUGCUGGCCGUCUGCCAGAAGACCCGGGAACAGGCGCUUGCCCGGUGGCAGAGCUGCACUACGAUGUGCGCGCGAGCCGCGUCACCGACAACAGCGACGCGGCGAUGCGCCCUGAUCUCUUCACCGUCAUCCGCUUCGUCACCGAGGUCGGGCACGUCGCGGGGAAGCUGUCUUUGGCGCCCGUGGAGAUCAAGUCACUCCACGCCGCCCCGGACGCGGGCUUUGACGCGCUGGACGCGCUCUCCAGCGAGCACAAGGUCGAGAUCUUGAAGUUCGACACUGCGCCUGCAGCUGCCUCGGCGCUGGAUGGAAUGCGGCUGGUGCGCGCUGCUGCUGACCCGGUGCGUGCUGCCGCCGCCGGCGACGCCCGGCCGGCCACCUGCCCCGGUGGCCACGCCACAGGGGUGCCAAAGGGGCGAAAGGCCGCCAAGGCUGUCCCUCCCGCGAAUGUCACGACGGCCGGCACGUCUGCCUUCCGGCUCUGGUCCCCGUGUACCGCCGCUGCCGACGCGACGAGCAAGGCGCUGAUGGUUGGGGCGGUCAACCUGAACGAUGCCAGCGCCUACGCACGCAAACUCGGGGCUACGAGCGGCGUGUGUUCAAACGUGGGCCGACACACACCGUUUAUCCUUAGCGAGCCCCGAGGCGUCCGCACUGUGUUCUUCGGCCGGUCCCGCGGGUACCGGCUGACCCCAGCUACGGGCGGUGAGGGGCACCGCGUCGACGAGCACAGCGUCGGCGAGGGCCGCGGGACGCGCCAGUCGGCCCCCACGACCCACACGGCGCUCCAGUCGGCCCACAAGCCCCGCGACAUCCACAUGGCCCGCGGGGCUGACCGGACGGCCAGCGCGGGAACUUCGGACGGCGGCGACAGCAGCGGUGACGAGAGCGCAUGGGACCUGGACGCUGACGACGGCGAUAUCCCGCAUUGCCCCUCGCUGUUCUUCGUGCGCGGCGCGGCUGAUGACUGGGCGCGCCGUGCACAUGGCGCCCGUCGCGCGCCUCCGGACGUCCAGGACGACUCGGACCGCAAAGUGGUGGAGGAGGGUGAGCCGACUCGCACGGGCAGCUACAUGGGGAUCGAAGACGACUCCAGCGAGAGCGGAGGCACGGUGGCUGCCAUUGGCGACGCUUUGCACGCCCGCAUGACCGAGGUACAUGAAGCCAAGAGCAGCCGCAAGCGGCAGCGAGGGGGCAAGUAG